UUAAGGGUAGAUAUUACCCGGCCUUGUGGCAUUACAGCUAUAGCUGCAGAAACAUCAAGCUGUUACCUUUACUGUGUUUUUUUUCCUUUCUUAUUCGUCGACCUACGGCAAAUCCAUGGUUUUCAGAUCUCCUUUAGAACUAUAUCCCUCUCAUCUCUUCCUGCCGAACUUUGCGGAUCGCCCUCUUCUUUUGGCGGGCAGCCUUCCCAGGGCGAGAUCCCCGGAGGACUUACCCAUGUUUCAGCUACCCACGCUCAACUUCACGGCAGAACAGGUAGCCAGCGUGUGCGAGACGCUGGAGGAGACAGGGGACAUCGAGAGACUAGGUCGUUUCCUCUGGUCUCUGCCUGUAGCACCCGGAGCCUGCGAUGCCAUCAACAAACACGAAUCAAUACAGCGAGCCCGAGCAGUGGUCGCCUAUCACACUGGAAGUUUCCGAGAAUUAUACCACAUUCUGGAGAACCACAAGUUUACCAAGGACUCCCACGGAAAGCUCCAGGCGAUGUGGUUAGAAGCACACUAUCAAGAAGCAGAGAAGCUGCGAGGUCGUCCCCUCGGACCCGUUGAUAAGUACAGAGUGCGUAAGAAGUUUCCUUUGCCACGGACCAUCUGGGACGGUGAACAGAAGACCCACUGUUUCAAAGAACGAACUCGCGGCUUGCUCAGGGAGUGGUACCUUCAGGACCCCUACCCAAACCCCAGCAAGAAAAGGGAACUGGCGCAAGCCACUGGACUGACCCCCACGCAAGUGGGAAAUUGGUUUAAAAACCGAAGGCAAAGAGACAGAGCAGCUGCGGCAAAAAACAGGCUCCAGCAUCACGGUCUCGGGCAAAGCGGCCUCCGUUCUAUUUCAGAUUCGGGCUGUACCCCUCACAGCUCCGCUGAGCCUCCUUCCGCGGCCGCAAGCCCCACCACCAGCGUGUCUAGCAUGAUUGAGCGGGUUGACGCUGGCACCAUUCUCUCCGUUACGGACAGUGAUUCAGACUUCGACGUAUGAUGUAGCAUCGUUUAAAUACGGGAAAUCUGGACCUGAAAAUUAAACUGAAAAUGGACAACAUGGGUAGCGACCAUUUUGGCUUUCACUGUUGUUCAUCAAAUGGAGAAAAGCAUGCUAUUUUCCAAGCGCUUCAAUGGACCGACGCUUUCUCAUCUCUCUCAUUUUGCAUGGUCAUUUGUGAAUAUUUUGGACGGUUUUGAAGCGGCACUAUGAGGAGGAAGACUUGGGCUUUUCGCCAUUUUACGUCUUUUCUGCUUCUGCUCCCCCCAAGCGAUCAAGCCGCCAAGCGGACAAUUUUAUUUUCUGUGUUUAUCAGACAAUCGUGGAAAGUCAAAAGCACCUUUACCCGUCUUCUUUGACUUGACAGCAAUGUUCAAAGUUUGCAUUUAUCUCGAGAUUUUAUAUUGAAUUAUCAGUGUCUGAUGCGUUUUCCCUUCUUAGAUCUAGAACGUACUGAAUAUGCUUGUAUAAUAUUGCAAUUACGCCAUCCUGCAGCAACUUUCGUUAUUUUGUGUCCAUAAGAUGUCCAAGUGUCUGUAAAGUGCUUUGAGAUUUUUAAUGUAUGUUCAUUCGUUCGUUUUUAUACUGUAAAUGGGUUUAUGGCGCUGAACACAGUGUUAUGGGUCACUUUUAUGCAAAUAAAUAUAAUUUAAUAUUA